CUUAGCGGUCUAGUGGAGCCGCACUUUUCAGCUCAUUCUCCUCCUAUCUGUGAUCAUUGUCUCUCCGUGCUCAGCCCAAACCCUCACUCACCGCGUCUUUUCAGCAAAUCAUUCUACUCCCCAACUCAUCAGAGGAGCUAAACUCCCGUGGAUUAUUUCAUUUGGAAAUUCUCGACAGCUGCACUUUUUUUUCUGCAGGACUGACUGGGUUUUCUACUUUGAACUUACUCUUCUUCCCCUAGGUGACCAUGGCCGUACCGGCUGCUCUGAUCCCGCCAACCCCUCUGGUCCAGCCGCAUUCGAUCUCUACUCCUUCUGCGACCACCUCCCCGCCGUCGACAACUUCUCCCCGGUCUCCCUCAAUGGCCCCCUCCGGACAGAACCUGUUCCGCUCGGAGCUCCUAGGCACAAGUAGCCCCGGCAUCCUGACCCCGACUGGGGCUCUGCCCAGCAAGCCAGUAUACUUGACUCCGUCGCCUGUUGAGAACACCCCGCAGAACAACGAGUGUAAAAUGGUGGAGUUGCGGGGGGCGAAGGUGGCGUCUUUCACCGUGGACGGGUGCGAACUCAUAUGCCUGCCCCAGGCUUUCGAUCUGUUUCUGAAGCACCUGGUCGGAGGACUGCACACCGUGUACACCAAGCUGAAGAGACUGGAGAUCACGCCCGUGGUCUGCAAUGUGGAGCAGGUCCGCAUCCUGCGAGGUCUCGGGGCCAUCCAGCCAGGAGUCAACCGCUGCAAACUCAUCUCCAGGAAAGACUUCGAGACUCUGUACAACGACUGCACCAAUGCCAGCUCCAGACCAGGCAGACCUCCUAAGAGGAGCCAGAGUGUGACAUCACCAGAGAACCCACACAUCAUGCCACACUCUGUCCCCGGCCUCAUGUCCCCUGGAACAUUCCCAUCCUCAGGGCUGACAGCAGCGGCGGCGGCAGCUGCCAACGCGGCCAUCGCCGAGGCCAUGAAGGUGAAGAAGAUCAAGCUGGAGGUGAUGAGCAGCUACCACAGCAACGCCAACCAGCAUGGGGCCGAUGGCGAGAACGGAGAUCUCAGCUCCAGCGUGGGUUUGGAACUGCCCUUCAUGAUGAUGCCCCACCCCCUGAUCCCUGUUAGCUUGCCCCCUGCUUCUGUUUCCAUGGCAAUGAGCCAGAUGAACCACCUCAGCACCAUCGCCAACAUGGCCGCCGCCGCACAGCAGCAGAGCCUGCCCUGCAGAAUGGUCACCUCAGUCAUCAAAGAGCGUGUCCCAGACAGUCCCUCCCCCGCCCCUUCCUUAGAGGACGGCAGGAGGCCCGGCAGCCACCCAUCGUCCCACCGCAGCAGCAGUGUCUCCAGCUCACCGGCCCGCACAGAGAGCUCCUCAGACCGGAUACGUACGUCCCCCUAUUCCCUCCCUAUGCAACGAGUCAGACUGGCUAACUGCGUGUUCAGUUCCGCAACCAUACAUCAGAAUGGUCUUUCUAUGAACCAAAUGAACCAAGCUCUGCUGGGCCUCUCCCCCAGCAUUCUACCUGGGCCUAAAGAAGGAGACCUGGCCCACGACAUGAGCCAUGAAGCAAAGAGGAUGCACAUUCACAAAGAUGACAAUCCAAUGUGCACCCCAACGGCGAGAGACAGCUACGAGAGGCUGUCACUGGCUGGACAAGGUCUACCACCUGGCUUCCCUUCACCAUUCCUGUUCCCAGACGGCCUGUCAUCUAUUGAGAAUCUCCUCACUAACAUACAGGGCCUGCUGAAGGUGGCAAUUGACAACGCGCGGACCCAGGAGAAGCAGGUGCAGCUGGAGAAGACGGAGCUGAAGAUGGAGCUGUUCAGGGAAAGAGAGCUCAGGGAGACCCUGGAGAAACAGCUCGCUAUCGAACAGAAGAACAGAGCAAUAAUCCAGAAGCGUUUGAAGAAGGAGAAGAAGGCUAAGAGGAAACUGCAGGAGGCUCUGGAGUAUGAGUCCAAGAGGAGGGAGCAAGCCGAACACUGCAUCAAACAGCCGUCACCCUCAGAGAGCCUGCGCUCAGUCAAUGACUCACUGACCCCAGAGAUGGAGAGUGACCGCAGCACUGGAAGAACAGAUGCUGAGAGGGCAAUACAAGAUGGAAGACUGUUCUUGAAAACCACAGUGAUGUACUGAUAAGAAGAUGAUGAGCUAAAGAAGAGAAACAAUCUGACGGAGAUUGUCAAGAGCCCAGGUGGAUUUCGUAGCAGAAACAGGUCACACUGCUGUUCAAUGGAAGUGUGUUUGGCCAAACACCGGAAAAGGGUUGUGUCUGAAUGUAGAAACUCUUUUUCUCACAGAUAACAACAUUACAUAGUCGCUAAAGCAGGUUUUGAUUAAUUGAGGUUGGUUGUUUAAAAAAAAACAAUAAUUGCACAGUAAAAAUGUACCAAGGGGUACACUGUUGGUAAUAUCGCAAAGAAAUUCACAGCACUGAAGAUUUUUUAUACUGUAUUUCAACCAGCGACAAAGCUUUGAACAUGAUCAGAGGUUGUGUUUUGUAUUUCAAGUGUAAUUCCGAGAUGUAAACAAAAUAUAUAUAACGCUUGGAAAGAACCUCUGUGAUUUUUUUUUAUUUUAUCCGUAUGUUGAUCAAAAGAGACGACUGAGAUUUGAUUUGAAUGUUUUCUAAAUUAGAAGAAAAUACAAUCAAGUUUCCUUUUUACCAUUGUUGUUAUACCAGAACUGAUGAUAAUGACACACUAACUCACUCUAUCAAAAGCUGAGUUGAUUAAUAUGGUAUGUGUAUAUAAAGUUAAGAGGUGGUAUUGUGUAUGCAGUAGAUCUAUUAGGAAGACAAUACCGACAUUCAUAUGAAUUUAUAGUUUGUUUUUGUUUCAUUUCUGAACCAUCAUUCUUUCAAAUAGCUGCCAUUUUGGUGAAAAAGCAUGCAGGCAUGUAAAUGUUUGUCCUGGAAUUAUGAUAUUUAAUAAAUCCUAUAUUGUGCUGAACAAAUACGUAGGGUUGAUUCACUUAAGCCCAACUGAUUUUGAAAAUGUACUCGAACAUUUUGCUUUUAAAUAAAUAACUUUGGCUGUCAAUGGUAACCCUUUGCAACAGUUAGUAUCACUUUUUAUUGAAACACUUGGGGCCACUUUCCCAGACACAUAACCAUAAUCCAUUUAAAAUGAAAAUCAUUUUUAGUCCAGGAUAAGGUUUCAUCUUUUGUUCCUAAUGUGUGGCUGUUCAUUUGUUACAUGGACUGGUGAUAAUCGCAUAUUAACAUUAGUUAAUGAAUCUCCUCAUUUAAGCCAAUUUAUUCAGAAGUCAAAUUAACAGUUUAAUUCCAAAACACUAUAUGCAGUGACUUCUGAAAUUAUUCAGAACCCUUGACUUUUUCCAAGUAUUUUUAGGUUACAGCUUUAUUCUAAAAUAGAUUUUUUUAAAAUUCCCCCUCAUCAAUCUACACACAAUAACCCAUAAUGACAAAGCAACAAUUUUUUUUUUAAUGUUUGCUAAUUUAGUUAUUUUUAAAAACACUGAAAUAUCACAUUUGCAUAAGUAUUCAGACCCUUUACUCAGUACUUUGUUGAAUCACCUUUGGCAGUGAUUAAAGCCUUGAGUCUUCUUGGGUAUGACUCCACAAGCUUGGCACACCUGUAUUUGGGGAAUGUUCCUCCCAUUCUUCUCUGCAGAUCCUCUCAAGCUCUGUCAGGUUGGAUGGGGAGCGUUGGUGUACAACUAUUUUCAGGUCUCUCCAGAGAUGUUCGGUCGGGUUCAUGUCCGGGCCACUCAAGGCCAUUCACAGACUUGUCUCAAAGCCACUCCUGCGUUGUCUUGGCUGUGUGCUUCGGGUCGUUGUCCUGUUGGAAGGUGAACCUUCACCCCAGUCUGAGGUCCUGAGCGCUCUGGAGCAGGUUUUCAUCAAGGAUCUCUCUGUACUUCAUCUUUGCCUCGAUCCUGACUAGUCUCCCAGUCCCUGCCUCUGAAAAACAUCCCCACAGCAUGAUGCUGCCACCACCAUGCUUCACCGUAGGAAUGGUGCCAGGUUUUCUCCAGAAGUGACGCUUGGAAUUCAGGCCAAAGAGUUCAAUCUUGGUUUCAUUAGACCAGAGAAUGUUGUUUCUCAUGGUCUGAGAGUCUUUAGGUGUCUUUUGGCAAACUCCAAGUGGGCUUUCAUGUGCCUAUUACUGAGGAGUGGCUUCCGUUUUGGUCACUCUACCAUAAAGGCAUGAUUAGUGGAGUGCUGCAGAGAUGGUUGUCCUUCUGGAAGGUUCUCCUAUCUCCACAGAGUAACUCUAGAGCUCUGUCAGAGUUAUCAUUGGGUUCUUGUUCACCUCCCUGACCCAGACCCUUCUCCCCCGAUUGCUCAGUUUGGCCAGGCGGCCAGCUCCAAGAAGAGUCUUGGUGGUUCCAAACAUCUUUCAUUUAAGAAUGAUGGAGGCCACCGUGUUCUUGGGGACCUUCAAUGCUGCAGAAAUGUUUUGGUACCCUUCCCCAGAUCUGUGCCUCAACACAAUCCUGUCUCGGAGCUCUACGGACAAUUCCUUCGACCUCGUGGCUUGGUUUCUGCUCUGACAUGCACUGUUAACUGUGGGACCUUAUAUAGACAGUUGUGUGCCUGUCCAAAUCAUGUCCAAUCAUGAUUUGGAAAGGCACUACAACUGGAGUCCAAUCAAGUUGUAGAAAGAUCUCAAGGAUCAUCAAUGGAAACAGGAUGCACCUGAACUCAAUUUUGAGUCUCAUAACAAAGGGUCUGAAUACUUAUGUAAAUAAGAUAUUUCUGCUAUAUAUUUUUUAUUAAUUUGCACACAUUUCUAAAAACCUGUUUUCACUAUGUCAUAAUCGGGUAUUGUAUGUAGAUUGCUAAGGAUUUUUAUUUAUUUAAUCAAUUGUAGAGUAAGGCUGUAACGUAUCAAAAUGUGGAAAAUGUCAAGGGGUCUGAAUAUUUUCAGAAGGCACUGUAUAUAUAAUUUUUCAGAAAUGUUUGUAAAUGAACUUUUAUUGUUUAAAGAAAUUAUGAAAGAGAUUGGUGUGUUUAUUCACCAUCUAAUCAUGGCAUGGGGUUGUUCAAUGACAGACAUGUAUUUGUUUAACAUCUAUCACGUGAUGGUUUCAUUUCAGAGGGACAAAUAAUCAUGUUAUUUUUGCCAAAAUGCUAUAUAUCCGCCUCACUCUCAGAGAAAGAAGUAGUACUGAUAGGUUUUACACAGUUAAAUGUAAGAAAUAACUACUUUUUUUGGUAAAGAAUUGUAUGAAUGAUACAUUUGUCAGAUCAAUCUGUAUGUAUUACAUUUAACAUUUUUGUCAUUUAGCAGAGUCUCUAAUCCAGAGCGAUUUAUCCGUACAUUUUAAGAUAGCUCGGUGUGACAACCACAUAUCACAGUCAAAUAUGCAGGAUAUGAACAUUCCAUUCCAGCUAAACAGUGGAUAUACAGCGUUUUGAACACAAAAAAAGAUUCAUACACAUCUACAAUCUAUGGAUAAAAAAUCUGAGAACAGUAAUAUUUUACACACACAUAAAGGUACCCAUAAGCAAUCAUUUCUGAUGAAAAAACACAAAUGUGGAUAUAGCGUUUAUAUAUAGAUAUAGCGUUUGAGAAAUAUACAGACAAUGCAGCAACGAGAAAGAAUGACUAGGAAACAACUAGCCAACCUUCUCAGUUGUACAAUAUUUGUUUAAAAACUCAAGCAAAGUGCAUUGCAUAACAUCAGUGGCUGAUGGAUAUAGGAUUAAAUAGUAUAUUAGCUUGUCUUAAAGUUCCCUUGCAAAUCAACAAUGUAUGUUAAUGCCAUCCUGAUGCAGCAAAAAUAAGGCAUUUUUACUUUAUGGAAAGAUGUGCUUCAUUUGUAUUCAAAAGGAAGGUUGAAUAGUUUCCCACACCGGCUGAGUGAACUCCUAUACAGUAUGUAUGAGUUCAUUCCUGAGACAGGGACUGAUGUCUGUCAUAUACUGUAAAAGAAACAGGCUAUGUGUUUGAAAAAAUGUAAGGAAAAGAGUGUCCCAUGUUCACACUUUGGCCUAGAUUCAAUCAGAUCAAGUGUUAUCGGACGAUAGCCAACACCCGCAUAGCUGAUGUUUUGGCAGUGUCGGAGGUGUGACUGGGUUGGAGCUGUCAAAUCGGUGAGAAGCUGCUCUUGAUCAUUGUCAUGAAGCCACACCCUUUCCACUCGUGUUAGAAGUUCAGAACGAGAAAGUGUAGGCUAUAUAUAAAUAAUGACACUAAUGUAAAAUCAUUAAAUUAAAUAAUGAGGAUUUCUGUCAGCCAAUCGAGAUGUCGAUUGCAUCACAUUCCAGUGUUUGAACUUGUAAACAAGGCUGCAUGGGAUUUCUCUUAACGCAACUCUGUGCAGCCAAUGGCAAUGUCCGAUUCAGGUAUAAUGCCAGGAGCCUCUUGUGGAUUUGACAGCUCUAACGCAGUUCCAACACUGACAAAACAACUGCUAUGCGGAUGUCAGCUGACUUGGAUCUGACUGAAUAGAGCCCUUUGUUGUUUUAUUUUGAAAGUUUGUUGCGAUGGAGUUUGUAGGUUUGUUGUUGACUUGUCGUGAAUAACUUACAUAGCACCCCUUCAUUGUACUUCAACUUUAAAUAAACUUCAAAUGUUGAUGAUAA